AUGAAGGGGCUCUUCUCCCCUCGCCGGAGCAAUGGGGCUCCAACCAACCCUUCGCCCGCGCCGCCGCCCAAGAAGGACCCCCAAAUGCCACAACCAUCCCCGCUCGAGAAGAGGUUGAAGGAUAUGGGGCCGGUCCGCGGCGACGGUAGUGACAAGUUCUUUGGCAUGGAAAACUACGGAAACACCUGCUAUUGCAAUUCGAUUCUACAAUGUCUUUACUACUCCGUACCUUUUCGUGAGGCCGUGAUCAAUUACCCGCAGCGCACGCCCGUUGAGAGUAUCGAAGCCGCCCUGGCUCAGAACCUCCGAUACCAGAACCCCAAUGCGCACUUGGAGGCCGAGGCUCAGGCAGCAAAGCAGAAGGCUGCUGCUCCUGCGCCGUCAGCGCGCCAGGCCGGCGUGCCUCCAAAUCAACCACAGAAGCCAGAAGAUAAGGAUUCUCCCGAAUACAAGAAGAAGGUUGCGCUCCAGACGCUUCCGUUGUUGGAGACUAAGAAUAAUGCUGGCAGCUACGGCAUGUCGGAAUCUCUUUUCACAUCUCUAAAGGAUAUCUUCGAGUCCCUGGUGGGCAGCCAGUCUCGGAUUGGUGUGAUCCGGCCACAGCAAUUCCUGGAUGUGUUGCGACGGGAGCACGAAAUGUUCCGAACGGCCAUGCAUCAGGAUGCGCAUGAGUUCUUGAACCUGCUGCUGAAUGAGGUGGUAUCCAAUGUCGAGGCGGAAGCGACGAAGCAAUCAUUCACGGAAAAGAGCCUCCCUUCGCCGCCCUCUGAUAGCGCAGAGUCCUUGGGAAUGUUGACCAAUAGCACAGGCUCGAAGUCUCCAAACACCACCAGAUGGGUGCACGAGUUGUUCGAAGGAACGCUAACCUCAGAGACCAAGUGUCUGACUUGCGAGAAGGUCUCUCAGCGCGAUGAAGUAUUCUUGGAUCUCUCGGUCGAUUUGGAGCAGCAUUCAUCCGUAACUGCCUGUCUUCGAAAGUUUUCGGCCGAGGAGAUGCUUUGCGAGCGGAACAAGUUCCACUGUGACAAUUGCGGUGGCCUUCAAGAGGCCGAGAAGCGUAUGAAGAUCAAGCGCCUGCCCAGAGUGUUGGCCCUGCAUCUCAAGCGUUUCAAGUAUACGGAGGAUCUGCAGCGGCUACAAAAGCUCUUCCAUCGGGUGGUCUACCCAUACCAUCUUCGCCUGUUCAACACGACAGACGAUGCCGAAGACCCAGAUCGACUUUACGAGCUGUACGCCGUCGUCGUCCAUAUCGGAGGUGGCCCAUACCACGGUCAUUACGUGGCGAUUAUCAAGACCGAGGAUCGCGGCUGGUUAUUGUUCGAUGACGAACUGGUGGAACCGGUUGAUAAGAACUACGUUCGGAAUUUCUUCGGUGACCGACCCGGCUUGGCCUGUGCAUACGUUCUAUUCUACCAGGAGACCACGCUCGAGGCUGUCAUGCGAGAGCAAGCUCAGGAGGACGCUGCGUCCACCGCGGCCGCGGCCGAGGCUGGUGACCUUGGUAAGACUAACGGGUUCUCGACAUCGCCAAACAACCUGGUCCAAGUGCACAGUGCUAGUUACGUCCCAUCCGAAGAACCGCAUCGCUUCACUCCCAUCAGCAAAAUGACGACGGCCCCUCAGCUCGAGCCCCAUUACGAACACCCCGAGUCGGAUUCAUCCUCGCAACAACAGCCCGUUCAACCUCCUCAGCCUCAGCCACCAUUGCCGCCAAUCCCCGACGAGCAGCCCCCGGUCUUGAGCGCGAAGAAGAGUGACGUGCAGUCCAAGAAGGAAAAGGCUCGAGAGGAGAAGGAACGUCGGGCAGCUGAGAAAGAACGGGAAAAGAACGAAAAAGCCCGCCGCAGAGAGAUCGAGCUCCAGCGACAGAUGGACGCUAGGCGUGAAGCCGAGGAGCUUCGACAAGCCAUCGAGGCCAGCAAGGCCGAUGCCAAUGAUGUUGGUCCCGAGAACGGAUCUCCCAGAAAGCCUUCCAGCUUCAAUUUCCUCCGACGCGGUAGCCGCAGCCUGGGCCACCGCCUCAACAAGGACAAGGAACCCCGAGUGUCAACUUCGGAUCUGGUGCCCACACCGGUUCCUGAGGCGCCAGUCAAGGAAGCAGCCGAGCCUGAACAGCCACUGGCGUCGCCCAAGGAACCAUCUCCUAUCUCCAAUCCAAAGAUGGCCUCCCGAGUUCCAGCGCCUCCACCGAUACCCAAGGAUACCAAGGAAGUUAAACACGAAAAGAAUGGGCACACUCACCGGUGGAGGUCCCUGAGCUUCAAGAAGGCAGCAUGA